UAAUAAUCAUUGGCAUUUCCUUCCAGUGGCACUUCCAAAACUACUACCUACCUAGGUACCAAUCUUAUUCCACAGAAUACCAAAAAGAGGAGGAAGUUUUAAAGAGCCGCGAGCUGACAGAUAUUAUCACCAUGGUCCUAACUAUUGAUCGCUAGGAUUUGUACCUAGUAUGCAGCAUUUUUAUGCAAGUUGACAAUGCCAAACAAAUCAUGUGAUUCAGCAGCAUGUGGUUCUUUAUGUAUAGGUACCUAACCUACUGAGUCAAACACCUGCAUGUUGAAGAAGGUUCGAUGUUUGUAACUGCCAUGGUUUAGGUAUACAAUCAAGUAGAAGGUAGAAGGUGGACGGUGCAAGGUGCAAGGUGGAAGAUGGCAGGUGGAAGGUGCAAACAGCAUUUUUCAAUACAUGUAUACUUACAGUACCUUCUACUCUUCUAGCUCUUCUUCUCUUCUUCGCUUCUCCUAAUUCCACUUUUUCUUCUCUUCAAAACAACUUUUCCCUGCACUUAUCGCUUUUAACUCCGAGAGCUAUCUACCAUCCCAUACUGGUCUAUUCUCACUGCGACUUUCACCAUGUCGCGAAUUGAUUACUCAAAAUGGGACAACAUAGACACUGAUUCUGAUACGGAGCUAAAGCCGGAGCCAAAGCCGAAGCCAAAGUCGGAGCCAAAGCCAAAGCCAAACACCGCACCAACUCCGCCGGCACCCCAAGCGGCAGUAGGCUCAGCCCAAACGGCGACACCAGCCAACGAGGGGAAAAUUCCAGCCGUGAUCUUGCGGUGCGAGAAAGAAAAACAAAAUCACCCGCCUUGGUCUGCCGUCAAUCUUGCUUCGGACCAUCUCGCCUUUGAAGAGAACCCCGUGUCCCCCAUCUCAGCUCUCAUUGAAGUGCCGCUUAUGCUGCACCGCGUCCACUCACAGUUCAAGAAUCAGUGGGAACAAGAUAACCAGAUCGCCACCUAUCUUAUGAUCGACCCAAUAACAGGCUUCGCGCCUCCGCAGUGGCAGUCGUGGGUCGGAACCGUACUGGCAGUGCGCGCAGACCGCAAACCCCUGCUGCCGCACCACCUCGAGGGCGUCUGGAUGUACUGCGAUCGCAUCUUGGAUAUCUUUGGCGACGGAAACGGCGCGCCACAGCACCUGUAUAAUCGAAAGGCCUUUGAGGAGUGGUGGGAGGGUUAUGCCAGGACCCAGAAAAGGAACCGGCCUGGAAAGGGAGGGGAUACUGAUCCGGAUGACUGGCGCGCGGUCAAGUCGCCUUACGAGAUGUGAGAGACCAAUGCGCAAUAACCUGUUUGCGCCGCCAGUGUACAACUACCAUUGAGGACUGGGACAGGCAGCAUUUAGCUGUUUUCUCACUAGAAUGUGAGG